AGAUGCUCUAACCGCACGACGGGACUCGGCUCCCCUACGGCCCACGCCACGUCACCGCGGUCCGCACGCGCCCCACGGCUUCCGCCGCCUCCUAACCCUAGAAUCUUCGAGAAGCACCCGGCGAAGAGCGCGCUGCCACGGCGCUUUCCGGAAACUUCUUGGAGAGAGAGAGAGAGAGAGAGACGGCCCCGCAGCGGCGGAGGCGGAGAUGGGGGCGUCGGAUCUAGACCGGCAGAUCGAGCAGCUGAAGCGGUGCGAGCCGCUCACGGAGGCGGAGGUCAAGGCACUGUGCCUCAAGGCCAUGGAGAUCCUCAUCGAGGAGAGUAACGUGCAGCGCGUCGACGCCCCCGUCACCAUUUGUGGAGACAUACAUGGACAGUUCUAUGACAUGAAGGAGCUGUUCAAAGUUGGAGGUGACUGCCCAAAGACAAACUAUUUGUUCCUUGGGGAUUUUGUUGACCGAGGAUUUUAUUCUGUUGAAACUUUUUUGCUUCUUUUGGCUUUAAAGGUUAGGUAUCCAGACCGUAUUACCUUAAUACGAGGAAACCAUGAGAGCAGACAGAUCACACAGGUUUAUGGAUUCUAUGAUGAGUGCCUUCGCAAAUAUGGCUCAGUCAAUGUCUGGAGAUAUUGCACUGAUAUAUUCGACUAUUUAAGCUCUAUCUGUUUUUUCAGUUUGUCUGCACUUAUUGAGAACAAAAUAUUUAGUGUCCAUGGAGGCCUUUCUCCUGCUAUCACGACACUGGAUCAGAUAAGAGUAAUAGACCGCAAGCAAGAAGUACCUCAUGAUGGGGCUAUGUGUGACCUUCUAUGGUCUGAUCCAGAGGACACUGUAGAUGGUUGGGGACUAAGUCCUCGGGGUGCAGGAUUCCUCUUUGGUGGAAAUGUGGUCUCAUCAUUUAACCAUUCAAACAACAUAGAUUACAUUUGUCGUGCACAUCAACUUGUCAUGGAAGGGUAUAAAUGGAUGUUCAAUAGCAAGAUUGUAACUGUAUGGUCUGCUCCUAAUUACUGCUACAGGUGUGGCAAUAUUGCUGCAAUCCUAGAGCUGGAUGAGAACCUGAAUAAGCAGUUCCGCGUAUUUGAAGCUGCUCCACAUGAAUCAAGAGGUGUUCCUGCUAAGAGGCCAGCACCAGAUUACUUUCUGUGAUGCUACACAGCGAACGCUUGAGCUUACUGUGCUUUCAAGCGCUGGACCUCAUGUUGCAAGAAGAGCUCAGGCCCUACAGCUUUCCAGCCAGGAGGUGGUUUUCAGGAUGUGUAAAUUGAGUGUCAUCUUCUCCCUUCAGGUCCAUGAUUUGUAAGAGAGUUGGAUUUUGGCAUCCAGUUUUUUCACAGAACAUCACCCAUUUGAGCUGGAGAAAUACGCCCUUGCGAAGGGGUUUCAUGUGAUGUGCUAAAAGUACACGUUGUAAGAUUUUUUUGCGAUUGCAUACCCCCUAGAAAAACCGUUCCUGGAAUAUGUGGCAAUCAGGAAAUGUGUCGAUGCUCUGGAAAGUGUAGGAGAUUUUUGUAGUAGUCAUUUGCGCGUGCUGUUAGGGACUAGGGAGCAUGUGGUCAGGGGACACUAGCACUAGCUUGUCGGCAUGCAAUGGUGUAUUGUAACUGUCUUUAUGCAGCAUCUCUAAUUCAAAUAGCUAACUACAUUUGAUGUCUUC